AGAAUCCGUUUGUUAAUUGUUUUUUUAAAUUUCGAGAUUCAUAGUUGUUAGGACAAAUUUUCGAUAAUGUGGAAGAAAUAAAUUUUGCAAAACGUAAAUUCUGUUAAAAACAUAAGGUCACAGUUCGGUUUGGAGGCGAUUUUCUAAGUUCUGACCCUCGAUAUAACUAAACAAAACUGCCUUUUUUUUAUAGUUUUGGAUAUUACAGAAAAUCUAUAAUUUUCUACCGGCCUGGACUGAGCCAAGCCGAUUACAAUGAAAAAACUCCCAGAACUAAUUCCAGAAGUUGAAUGGCCACUCCAAACCCAGAAAACUUGACAGUUCGGUUUCUUUAAUAGAAACAUAUUUAAAUAAUAUACAAAGGGGGUCCUAAAUAAAUUUAAAUGUUUUCGAUUAUAAUUACAUUGAUCUUAACGAUCCUGGGAUCUGAAUUCUUUACAUCUUUAUCAAGUGUUAUUUCAAAACAUUCAUGUGAUCGAUUUUGCGAUGGUAAGAUAAAAGUGUGUGAUUUUGAAUUUCGAAUAACUUUUUCAAGGACCAUGGCAGAAAAUGUGUGCGGAAAGUGUCCUUUUAUCAUCAAAGAUUGUUAUAAAGAGUUUUGCAUAGUUGCCGAUGGAACUGAAAGACCUAUUUUUUUAGUCAAUGAAAAAUUUCCUGGUCCAGAAAUUAAAGUAUGCGAAAAUGAUAUAGUCAAGGUUAACGUUAAGAACAUGUUGAUCAACGGAGAAGCCAUAACCAUUCAUUGGCAUGGGGUAUAUCAAAUAAAGACUCCUUAUAUGGAUGGGACACCUAUGGUAACCCAAUGUCCUAUAAUAGGUGGAUCGACAUUCCAAUAUGUAUGGAAAGCACAACCUGCUGGCACCAAAUUUUGGCAUGCCCACACAGCCCUACACAGAGUAGACGGGAUUGUUGGAAGCUUGAUUGUUAAUCCUAUUCCUACUCAUGCUUAUAAAACUUACAAGGGUUCUACAGGUUUUAAUAAUAUAAACGAGAUAAUCGUAAUAAUUCAGGAAUGGAAAAAUUCACUCUCCCCUUUUCACUUUAUAAAAGAUGAUGAGUCUGCUCCGUCGCUACUAAUAAAUGGAAGGCAGGGUGUAUUUCCUCUUUCACCCCCAAGUUAUUUCUUAGUUAAACAAUACGAUACAGACCCGAAUGAUUUGUUUUUUGAUACCUUACCUUAUGUCAGAUUUAUAAGUAACGGUUUCUUGUAUUGUCCAAUAGAAAUAGUUAUUCAAGAUCAUUUUAUGAUUAUAGUUGACAUAGAUGGAUACCCAAUAGAUAAACCAUAUCAUGCCAUCGAUAUUCUUACCAUAUUUCCUGGGGAGAGAUACGAUGUCAAAAUUUUGCUUAAAGAAGAUUAUUUAAAAUAUGAAAAAGAACUAGACACCUUAAUUCUCUUAAAUAACACUUAUAAAGAACCGUUGAGGUCAAAUACUUUUUUUAGUUAUAAUAACUUUAGAAAAACAUUCUACGAAAUGAGGAUUUGGAGUUCCGGAGAUUGUGAUCAUGGAAAUAUGGUGGCAAACGCUUCAGCAUAUAUAAUUUAUGCACCAAAUAAACAUUUUUCUGAAUCUGAUACACUAAAAGUUAUAAAAAACGAAAUAUUUAAAUCAGAUCGGAUGUUACAACAAAUUCAUAAAGAAUUUAAAACUGGAGAUUAUCAUUACCAUAACAAAAUAAUAGCGAAUCCUGUCCAUUUUAAAAAUUUUGGACACUCAAUUAAUCAACUUCCAAUAACAAAUUUUAAGAGCAUGAAGGAAGUAUCUUUAAAACCAAUUUAUGGGACACCAGAUGUCAAACUAUACUUGUUUACCGACAGUUAUUUAUUAGGAGAAGAUAUUCCAAUGUUCGACAAUAUAUCUUUCAAGCCACCCUCUGCUCCUCUAUUAUCCCAACCGUUGGAUGUACCGAAAAAUGAAAUUUGUAAUAUUGAUUCUCGGCCAGAGUGUAACCAUAUAAUGUGUUCUUGUACCCAUUUAUACAACAUAAAAUUAAAUUCACUGGUGGAAUUAAUUAUCGUUGACGAAGGCUUAAACGGGGAUUACGAUAUCCAUUCUAUACAUUUGCAUGGUUAUUCUUUUAGAUUAUUAGCCCAAGAAAAGUUGGCAACCAACAUCUCGGUUCACGAGGUAAAGAAAUUGGAUCAGCAUGGAAAACUUAAAAGAGAUCUAAAAUCACCUGUUAUAAAAGACACCGUGGCAGUUCCUAAUGGAGGCUAUGUCAUAAUUCGUUUUGUAGCUGAUAAUCCUGGUUAUUGGAUGCUGCAUUGUCAUUUGGAUUUUCAUUUCAUGAAAGGGAUGGCUCUUUUAUUCAAAGUCGGCGAGCAAAGAGAUAUGGGUCGGGUACCUUUAAAAUUCCCAAAAUGUGGUAAUUGGGCACCUACCUAAGAAAAAUCAAUUUAUUGAAAUUUAAAAAAUAUUUAUUCAAACUAUAACUCAAUUUACUAUAAAUAAUUUAUACUUUGCUUAUUCUAGUUACAUUUUGGUAAUUAAAUGCAAUAGUUAUUAUUUCAUUUCAAUAAUAAAUUAAAUGGCUAAUUACAUUAA